AUGGCCACCCAAAUCCCCACCUUUCACCUCCCCACCGGCGCGCCCAUCCCCGCCAUCGGCUUCGGCACCGGCACUGCCUGGUACAAGUCCGAGUCCGAGCCGCUCAACCGCGUGCUGAUCGACUCCAUCAAGUCCGCGCUCGCACUCGGGUACCGCCAUCUCGACUGCGCGGAGAUAUAUGGCACCGAGCCCGAGGUGGGCGUUGCGAUCAAGGAGAGCGGGGUCCCGAGGGAGGAGCUGUUUAUUGUUGCGAAGUCUUUCAAAACCCUCGACGACCCCGAAAAGGGCCUCAACGAGACCCUCCGCAAGCUCCAGACCGACUACGUCGACCUGUACCUCAUCCACGCGCCCUUCCUCCCCCCCACCCACCCGCUCACCAUCCCACAAAUCUGGUCCCGCUUCGAGUCCCUCCAAAAAUCCGGCAAGACCCCGCUCCAUCGGCGUCUCCAACUUCACCGUCCCGCAGCUCACGUCCCUCCUCACGCACGCCACCAUCCACCCACCUACAACCAAGUCGAGUUCAACCCCUACUGCCUCGACCUCCCCCUCCUGCGCUUCUGCCAAUCGCACAACAUCCAGCUCGCCGCCUACUCACCCCUUGGCCCACUUACCAAGUUCCCCGGUGGCCCCUUGGAUGCGGUGCUGAAGCGCAUCGCGGGGAGAAGGGCCGCACGGAGUCGCAGGUGCUGA